AUGCCAGACGUUAAGACUGAUGUCUUUUACGGUGGUAUUCCAAUUAAGAGAGACAUUGAAAAAUUAAAGAACAAAGAUACUUGUCCACAUAUUGUUGUUGCUACCCCAGGUAGAUUACAUGCUUUAGUUGAAGAAAAAGCCAUCAGAUUAAACAAUGUCAAAUCAUUUGUCAUUGAUGAAUGUGAUAAAGUUUUAGAAUCCAUUGACAUGAGAAGAGAUGUUCAAGAUAUCUUCCGUGCCACUCCACAUCAAAAACAAGUUAUGAUGUUUUCCGCUACUUUAUCUCAAGAAAUUCGUCCAGUUUGUAAGAAAUUCAUGCAAAACCCAUUGGAAAUUUACGUUGAUGAUGAAGCUAAAUUGACUUUACACGGUUUACAACAAUACUAUAUCAAAUUGGAUGAAAAAGAAAAGAACAGAAAAUUGUCUGAUUUGUUGGACUCUUUGGAAUUUAACCAAGUUAUUAUUUUCGUUAGAUCCACUCAAAGAGCCAAUGAAUUGAACAAAUUGUUGUGUGCUUGUAACUUCCCAUCUAUUGCUGUUCACUCUGGUUUACCACAAGAAGAAAGAAUUGAAAGAUAUAAAUCAUUCAAAGAAUUCAACAAGAGAAUUUGUGUUUCUACUGAUGUUUUCGGUAGAGGUAUUGAUAUUGAAAGAAUCAACUUGGCUAUCAACUAUGAUUUGCCAAAUGAAGCUGAUCAAUACUUGCACAGAGUUGGUAGAGCUGGUAGAUUUGGUACUAAAGGUUUGGCCAUUUCUUUUGUUUCUUCCAAAGAAGAUGAAGAAGUUUUAGAAAAGAUUCAAAGUAGAUUUGAUGUUAAAAUUACCGAUUUCCCAGAAGAAGGUGUUGAUCCAUCUACUUAUAUGAACACUUAA